GACAGCAAAGCCAAUGUGAUUCGCUGAAGGAGGACACUGGACAAUUGCCAGCAAGUUGGGUCACGUUUUGCCUUGGACAGCUGAAGCUGGAGCUGCUGACUGAAAAUGACCCAGCAGAUGCAUAACCUGAGCCUGCUGCAGACCAAGAAGAGCAGCAUGCCCUCCUCUCCCAACGCUGCCAAGCGCCUCUACCGCAACCUCUCCGAGAAGCUCAAGGGCAGCCACACCUCCUUCGACGAAGCCUACUUCAGAGCUCGCUCCGACCGCCUCAGCCUCCGCAAGACCUCCAUGGUAACUGAUUCUCCUCCAAGAAAUGAAGAAAGCAUUCUGAGAAAGCUGAAGAAUUUCCAGUGCAAUGAAGCUAUGUUUGAGGCUGUAGAACAGCAAGAUCUGGAUGCUGUUCAGAUUCUUCUUUAUCAAUACACCCUGGAGGAACUGGACCUGAACACACCAAACAGUGAGGGACUGACUCCUCUGGACAUUGCCAUUCUGACCAACAACGUCCCCAUUGCUAGGACACUUCUUCAUGUUGGGGCCAAGGAAAGCCCCCACUUCGUGAGCAUGGAGAGCAGGUCAGUGCACCUGAGCACACUGGUGCAGGAAGCCGAGCAGCGAGUCCGGGAACUGACUGCACAAGUGAUGAACGAAGACCCUGGGACAGACAACACGGAGAAGGAGAAGCAGCUGAAGGCGUGGGAGUGGAGGUCCAGGCUGUACAGACGCAUGCAGGCAGGCUACGAGCACGCCAGAGCCCCCGAGGCGCCAACCAACGUCUGUCUCAUGGUAACAAGCAGUACAUCACUCACUGUCACCUUCCAGGAACCUCUGAGUGUCAACUCAGCUGUGGUGACCAAGUAUAAAGUGGAAUGGAGCUCCUCAGAAGACUUUUCUCCUUUGGCUGGUGAGAUAAUUAUGGACAAUCUUCAGUCUCUGAGGUGCACCAUCACGGGUCUCAGGACGGGUCAGAGGUAUUAUGUCCAUGUCUCAGCAUACAACAUGAGAGGAUGGGGACCUCCACGCAAAUCCACUCCUGAGUGUGCUUCUCCUUCAAACUGGAAAGACUGCAGUGGAAGAGAAGCUCGGCACAGGGGACACACUGAGGCCCUGGAACGCCUCCUGCAGCAGGUUCGAGCAGCUCAUCAGCAUUACAACUGCAGAGAAAGCUCUAAAUUACAGAAUGCUGGUCGCAAGCAAUCAGUUUCCAGAAGCCUGAAGCACCUUUUCCACUCCUCAAACAAGUUUGUGAAGACUCUGAAACGGGGACUCUACUUAUCUGUUAUAUUUUUUUACAAAGACAAUUUGUUAGUAACCAAUGAAGACCAAAUCCCCAUCGUGGAGAUCGACGACUCCCACAGCAGCUCAGUCAUGCAGGAUUUCCUGUGGUUCACCAAGUUGUCUUGCAUGUGGGAUGACAUCAGAUGGCUCAGGCAGAACAUGUCUGUAUCUGUGUCCUCAUCAACAGCACUUCAGGCCAGGCAGAAGAUGCUUUCGGCAGCAGCGCAGCUACAGAAUUUGCUGGGCACUCACAACCUGGGCAGAGUCUUUUAUGAGCCAAUCAAGGACCGCCACGGCAAUCUGCUGAUAGUCACCGUAAGAGAAGUGGAGAGCCUCUAUUCGUUUUUUAACGGCAAAUGGAUGCAGGUAUCCAAACUCCAAAGCCAGAGGAAAUCCCUUUCAACUCCAGAGGAGCCAACAGCAUUAGACAUCUUGCUUAUAACAAUCCAGGACAUACUUUCCUAUCACAAGCGAAGUCAGCAGCGCCUCCCUCCAGGCUUGUAUCUGGGCUACCUUAAGCUCUGCAGCUCUGUGGACCAGAUCAAAGUGCUGGUGCUGCAGAAGCUGCCUAACGUCCUGUGUCAUGUGAAAGUCCGAGACAACAGCAACGUCUCCAAAGAUGAGUGGGAAUGGAUCCAAACACUUUCUGGCUCAGAAUCCGUGGAAAGUAUGGAUCAUACUUCGGACUGCCCCACUCAAUUGUUCUUGUAUGAGCUCCAGAUGGCAGUGAAAGCUCUCCUUAAACAGAUCAAUCUACCUCUGCAUCAGGCUAAGCACUUCCGUCUGUACACACAGGAGGUGUUGGAGCUGGGUCACAAUGUCUCCUUUCUUCUCCUGCUCCCCGCCUCAGACGAUGUCUGCACUGCCCCAGGACAGAAUAAUCCUUACACCCCACACUCAGGAUUUCUUAACCUCCCUCUUCAGAUGUUUGAACUCGUUCAUUUUUGCUGCUACAAGGAGAAAUUUCUCAGCCUGUAUUGCCGCCUCUCUGCUGUCAUAGAGCUGGACUCUCUGAAAGCCCAGCAGGCCCUGCGGGAAGCUAUUGCAGACAGUGAAGUCGCUGCAGCCAAACAAAGACACCAGCAAGUUAUGGACUACGUACAGCAAAUCGAUGAGAUCUGGAGGGAGAUGAGAUGGAUCACAGAAGCACUGCAGUAUGCACGGUACAAGCAGCCAGCAGCUGGCCUGCCCAUAAAGAAGCUUGUGGACCUUUCAGAGGAGCACUCCCAGAAGAAAAUCAGCUCAACCUCUUCGCAUCUCGAUUGUCUUCCUUCACCUCCCCCUUCGCCCGAGGCCAGAGUCCAGAGGAGAAAAGCUGUGAGUGCUCUCUUUGCAGACUCCCAGCCCUGCUCAGAUGAAGAAGGCUGCUCCGAAGUGUUCCUUCCGACCGACAGUGACUACGACUCCAGCGAUGCGUUAAGCCCCAGAGAACUGGACCUGAUCUACUCCUCCUCCCACGACAUCUGCCAGCAGGCAAGCAGUGGCCUGGGUGGCAGUGCCCCUGAUGUCCUCCAAGUCCACGACAUGAAGCCCUGCCUGACGUUGAAAGAAGGCCUGACAGAGUGCGGCGCCUUUGACACCGGCACUGACUGCUGCACCGAGUCCAUGAGCAGCCUAGCGCUGGCAGGGCUCAUCUCCAGAAGCACGGACAAGUCCUCCAGCUCCAAGCAGGCCCUGGGCUUCCUGGGCAAAAAGAAGCUGGGGAAGCACCAGCACUACAGCUACUUCAGCCGGCAGCACCGCUGGCUGCGCGUGCACAGCGAGGCGCAGGCUGCCUCCCUCUCCCAGGGGGUCUACACUCAGCACCUCCCCAGAUCUGCAGAUCUCUCUCGAGAACCUACCUCUCCUGAGCAGUUAAAGACUCCCCUGGAGGGGUCUCGGAGCACUUUCUUACCUCAUGCAUCCAGCCUUCCAGAAGAUGGGAAGGGUAACUACGAGGAGUCGAGGCAGAACCUCCAUAGGACACAUGUGGAGCCUUACCAAACGGUUCUGGACGAAGAGGGCAAGUCCUGGGCUGUGAGCACACAGUCUGUAGAAGACAGGGAUGUGCACAGUGCUGUGCACCAGAUGACAGCUCCAGACGACCAGGCAGGCUCUGCUCUCUCAGAAGUCUUCAGCAGCACUCUCUAACCCCAGGCCUUGGCACUGCUUCCCACUGCUCCACCGGACAGGGAGCACCGUGCACGCAGGGCUGUGCUUUCACAACCACUGCUAAAGCUCCAGCUCCUGAAAGGGCAGCUCCUGCCACUCACAGGAUCCUAACCUUUGGGCUUCAUCACCAGAUUUCUGCUCUUACAGGGGUAUGGCAUGAUGCAAGCUUUAUUAUUGGCAUCUGCAGUUUGGCAGUGGAGUCUCCACAGUCACCCUCCGACAGAACACUCCUGCGCCUGCAAAUCUGCUCGCCAGGCUUUGCAGCUCUCUUGAUGUCCACAUUGCUCUCAGCAUGCACAACUUGAAGCAUGAGUGGUUCUGCCUGCAGGUUAUCCUUGGUGUUCUCACCUUAGGACUCUAUCCCAAACUUCUCUUAACCUGUUUUCCACCACUUCCUGGAAUUGUUUCCAUUUCUCAGCCUCCUUAAAUGGAUUUUGAGCUGCACAGAACUGAAGUGCUAACUGGUCUAGUAAUACAGUUAAGCCAGAGGUUCCAGCCACUUGGAGAGGGGUGACAACUCUUUCACCACCUAGCAGCUGCAGUCAGCACUGUCUCCAAGUGCUGACAGAGCCUGACACAGUCAUCACAAUGAGGUUUUUCAGGAGCUUGGACUUCCAAGUUCUAUAAGAAGGUUAUUUUAAAAGCUUAGGAGGUGAACCUCUGAGGUCAAGCACAGGCAGAAUGAGGCCAGCUUCUGAAGGGACAACCUGGAGGGUCUCAGUGAGCUGAAAGCAAAGCUUGGUCUUUUCUUCUGCCCACCAGAGCAGAGUGCACCUCUCUAUGUUGGCAGCACUCUCACAGCGUUGCACAGAGGUGCCCCUGGAUGUCAUUCCUGGAUGCUUACUGUGAACUUCAGGGGGUUGUGGUGACCCUGUCUGAAAUUGGGACAUUUGGGCAGUUCAGACAAGGGAAAUUGGAAUCUAAGGGCAGUUUGACUCCAAGACUUUCUCUAUUUGGGCCACCAGAAGACAGUGAUAUCAGCAAGGAGGGUGUCAGGAGCUGCUUCAGCUGUAUCUGGCCAGAAGCAGAUCACACCCAGGCACGAUUUGUCCUUGGCACCCAGAGCAAGACUUAAGGGUACCCCGGAAGGCUAUCUCAAAACUGAAAUCUCUGUUAAUGAGAACCACAAUGUCUGAGUCCCUCAGAGGUGCAGUCAUGUGCAGAGAAAUCCCAGCUGUUGCCCCAGCUUUAAUUCUUCUUACACAGUUCUUGAAGUGUAGUUUUACAGGCCACAUUCCUGCUGGUUAAAUUCCCUCACUCCAUGUUUGUGCAGCCUUCUACCUUUCGGUUUUCCAGCCUCCAGGUGGGUACAUUCUAAGGCCUCCAAUAAAGAGAUUUGAGUUAAAUAGUUGAGUUUACAAGUCCUUGAGGUAAAGGUAAGGAUUUGGGCCCAUGAUCUGUGGUCCUUAUUAAAAUAGCACUUCCAUAACCCCAGUGCUGUUAAAACCCCUGUGAACUCCAUCCAUAAAUUCAAAACUAGAUGUUGUUCACUAUUUGACUCUUGGUCAGGGUGUGGAAGCCAGGAAGAGUCUUUGCACUGAUAUCAGGGCACAAACUGCCUACAAGGGAUUUACAUUUGGCACUUCUCCUGUUGGGGAGAGGGAAGUUAACUUUUUUGCACCAACAGUAUUCCACUCCUUAGCUGGUCCAAAGCUUGGUGAGGAUAGAAAGGCUUCCACUGGCUUGCCCAAGGUUCAAAUGAGACCCACACUGGGAAUUACUGGGGGUGAGAGGAUGUGAGGGGGGAGCAGAAGUGCCAGUGCCAAUCUGCAGCUAGGAGGGCAUGCACUGGAUGGUUUAUGCCACACGGAGCUGCAUGGGGGGAGCUGCCACAAAGAUGCUCAGAGGACUGCAGCAGCUCUGCUAUGAGGACAGGCUGAGAACUUUCAUUAAGUUCUGGGCUGCAGCAAGAGCAGUGUGGGCAGCAGGGCAAGGGAGGGGACUCUGCUACUCUGCUCUUCUCAGAACCCACCUGCAGUCCUGUGUGCAGUUCUGGAGCCCCCAACACAAGCAGGACAUGGCCACCAAGAUGCUGAGAGGGCUGCAGCAGCUCUGCUCUGAGCACAGGCUGAGAGAGUUGGGGCUCUGCAGCCUGGAGAAGAGAAGGCUUCGAAGAGACCUUGGAGUGGCCUUGCAGGAUCUGAAGGGGACCUACAGGAAGGCUGGGGAGGGACUAUUGACAAGGUCUGGUCAUGACAGGAGG